ACUACAUAAAGCGUCGCACUGGGGAAAUGGAGUUAUUAUCAUUCAUGCUUCUAUCAUCCCAUCUCUUCAUCCGAUUCACUUCAUCAAACGACCUGGUGUCGGCAUCAGCUCUGUGAGCCUUUUAUCCAACUUUUAACACCACUUCCAAGAUGGUCCGCAUCACUGUAACUGCCCUUCUGGCUUUUGUCGUCACUGCCAUGGCACAAAUCACACCCAACAAUGCCGGUGCGAGAAACGUUGGGCAGGGGAACGGCUCGCAGUUCAUCACUGGGGGCUGCGUCAACAAUGCCGACUGCGCUUCAGGGUGUUGCGCUGAUGCGAGUGGCGUGGGGGUCUGCUCUGCUGAGGCUGCUCAGUUCCAAAAUGGGAAGAAUGGAUGUGGCUUUGUUGAUCCGAAUGCUCAGGGGACCAUUGCUGCUGCUCAGGCUCAGGUUGCGAGGCAGGGAUUCUGAGGGAAAGAAUCGUGUAGAUGGGAGUGUUCAGAUGGCAUGAGUUAUCUUCCUGCAGCCUGACAUUUCUACCUACUAAUUAACCUGCUGACAUGCUGAAAUCGCAUUUGUAUCCAGUCUUCCAAUCACGUACUUGAUGUCAAACAAAUGAUAAUGAUAGAGAAAGAUACAGACAGACUUCAGUUCCCGAGUGGCCUCAGCUACCCAAGAAUAAGCUC